UCAAAGCUCAAACUAAGACUGUGAUCAGAUCCAGAAACUAAGCUUAAAGCCUAGAGCCAAACAAAGCCUCUCCUACUUCACCAUGUCCAAUCAACCUUCCCCACCAUCUCAAACCAUCAACGCCUCUCCGAAUUUUCAAAUUGUCUUCAACUCUGACGGCACUGUAACUCGUUUCUUCCAUGAUCCACUCACCCUACCCUCAUCAGACACCACUCUUUCAAUUCUCACCAAAGAUGUUCCCAUCAACCGAUCCAACAAAGCCAGUGUUCGUUUAUUCCUACCUCGAAACGCUAUCUCAAAUCACAACAAUCAAAAGCUACCCAUGAUUGUUUACUUUCAUGGAGGCGGCUUCAUCAUGCACAGCGCUGCUUCCAUCUUGUUCCACAACUUCUGCGUCGAAAUGGCAGAUUCUGUCCAAGCCAUCGUCGCCUCCGUCGAUUACCGCCUCGCGCCGGAGCACCGAUUACCCGCGGCGUACGAGGAUGCCGUCGAGGCGCUUCACUGGAUCAGAACCACUGAAGAUGAGUGGUUGACUAAAUAUGGUGAUUAUUCUAACUGUUACAUAAUGGGGAGUAGUGCUGGGGCUACUAUCACAUAUCAUGCAGGUCUACGUGCUGCGGCAGAGGCGAAUGAUCUUGAGCCGUUGAAGAUUCAAGGGUUGAUAUUGCGUCAACCAUUCUUUGGUGGGACCAAGAGGUCAGACUCAGAGUUAAGGCAUGAGAAUGACCAUAUUAUCCCUUUGUCUCUUACUGAUCUCAUGUGGGAGCUUGCAUUGCCAAUUGGUGCUGAUCGUGAUCAUGAGUAUUCGAAUCCGACGGCUGGCGAUGGUUUUGAUGAGAAGAUGGAGAAGAUCAAGGAACUUGGGUGGAGGGUGUUGGUGAGUGGGAAUGGUGAGGAUCCUCUGGUUGAUCGUGAGAGGGAGUUGGUGAUGCUGAUGGAAGAGAAGGGUGUGCAUGUGGUUAAGGAUUUUCAAGAAGAAGGUCAUCAUGCGUUUGAGUUUUUUGAGCCAUCCAAAGCGAAGAAUGUCAUUGGGUUAGUGAAAGCUUUCAUUUUUUCUCAGGGUGCUUAAAGUCACCAACCAUCAUGUUGUUGCAUGGAUGUUUGCAUUAAUUCUUGUUUGGAAAUAAAUGGUUUUUAGAAUACGCAUAUUGUAGACAUUCAACAAAUAUCUAAAAUGAGAAAGAAAGAUAUAAGAAGGAUCAUCGGUAA